ACGGCUGCUUCGUCAAGUACACACCCUUCACUAAGUAUUUCCGGGAUUAUUCGGCGCACUGUCCACAGUAUCGGAACAGAACUUUCAAUCACUACUGUCUGCUAUGGUAUUGCUUCAGAACACUUGAGUACAGGGAUCAAAAAUGGAAGAGACAGAUAACACUCGGCUUGAGGAAAUGCUAAUGUGCCCAGUGUGUCAGGACAUUUUUAGGAGUCCUCGCCAGCUGCCCUGUGGACACAGCUUGUGCAUGGCCUGUUUAGAAAGCCUGGUGGAUCACUCCUCAGACGUGUCUCUUCGCUGCCCCGACUGUAGGACUGGUUUUACAGAAGUCAUUGGGGUGCAAAAGAACUACGCCUUGGCUAAUAUUGCAGAGGACUUUAGAGAGAUCAGAAGGAGGACGGUAGUGCGGACAAAAAAUGUGUACUGUGACUUUUGCCAAGGGGGAAAGAUCCUGGCUGUAAAAACAUGUCUGAAGUGUGAGUUAUCCUUGUGCAAGGAGCAUGUCAAGCACCACCUGGAGCUGCCAGUGUUCACAGGACAUCCACUGGUCAUACCUCUGAGCGAUCUCCACGAGAGGAAGUGCCCCCAGCAUGAGGACCUGGUCCUGAAGUACUACUGCUCUGCAUCAAGGCGCUAUAUCUGCAAUAUGUGUGCACUGAAGAGUAAGCAGCAUAAUCUGUCCACUGAGGCUUCCACUGUCCUGAGAAGACAGAUGACUGAGUACAUGGAGCAGCAGUUUACAGUGCUUAAGGAACAAAUGACAGAAUCCAUUGAAGCUGUAAGAAAACUUAAAGGAGACAUACAACGUGAUAAACAGAAACUGAAUUCUGCUGACUUGUGGCUGAGUAAUGUCACAGUAGUGCUGCUCUGUCUGUGGUUCAUAGUUCUUUAUUAUGCCUACAACUACUCUGUGGAAAACCAGGCCUUAACAGAAGCAUUAGACAAGCAGCAGAGACGUGUGCAUACCAUCUAUUCUAAUGUUGCAGAACUUCUGCUUGCUCAUCCACUAAAUAGCUACAAGUCUCCAGAAACUGAUUAUAAAGGAUUCCUCAUGCUGGACCUGGACACUGUCAGUCCUUUUCUGGCCAUCUCAGCUGACCUCCUGUCAGUAGAAAGGAUGAAAGCCAAGUUGGAUUAUCCUGACAGUAGCAGUCGCUUUGAUGAAGCCCCGCAGGUCCUCUCCUCUCUGUGCUUCUCCUCUGGUACUCACAUCUGGGAGGUGCAAGCUGAAGGACACUGGGACAUUGCUGUGUCCUACAGGAGCAUCCAACGUAAGAGUGAUAGCAGCUUCUUUGGAAACAACACAGAGUCCUGGAGCCUAAAACAUGAUGGCAAAGGCCAACUGUGUGUUUGCCAUGAUGGAAGAAAAACCGCUCUCGCUGUCAGGCUGCAAAGCAAACGAAUAGCAGUUAUGCUUAAUUAUGAGAAAGGAAACAUCACAUUUACUGCCUUGGAGUCCACAGUUACCUGGUUAUAUGAGUUCAAGACAAAACUGAUGCAACCACUUUGCUUGGGUUUAGGACUCCACCAAGUGGAUCCACCAAGUAGAGCCUCUGUAGUGAAAGCCUCCUGAUUUCCCUUACAUACUAUACAGCUUGAUGGAUCUCCACUGUUUGGUAAAACUGGACAAAUGAGAGAAAAGACCGGACUGCAUCAGUCAAAAAAGGAAAGAUUCUUCUCUGGGAUACUUCAUACAAUGAUAUGUUCUAAAGUAUGUACAAAAUGUUCAAGUAGUUGUCUAAUCAAAUCUAAACUUUUUUUUUUAUUUAAAUGUAUUCCUGCAAUAUAAACACUGUCUCAAGUGCUUUCA